GCUUUUUUCUGGCGUUGACGGGGACAAUGCAAAAAGAAAGAAGCAAUAUUUCUGGUUGCAGAAAAUUGCCGAUGGCAGUCACCGUCAUUCAUUUGAUGUCCAAAAAAUUAAAUGACAGCGGUUACAAUAAGCAGUAUUUGAUUCAAACAUGUCAAAACGAGCAAGUAAGCGGGAGUAUCCUAGUGAUUCGGCAACGACACCAUUGCUAUCCGGCCAACCCAAGCCUAGUAAAUCAACCCCGGUGUCAGCUUCAAAAACAAUAGCUUUUAACUCACAAUCACACCUUGCAAGUCAUGGCCAUGGUGUUCCGACAUCAGAUCAAUACCAUACAUUUCCACAAGAAACCCCAGCUCCGGCCCGCUCCAAGCCAAAGCAGCCUAAUCGAACAACCAAGACUUCGCAGAAACUCAAGCUAUUUCCCGAAGAAGAUGAACAGACUCUCAUGACCUCGGAAGACUUGGACGCUACAGUCUAUGACCAAAUAGCUCAAAUACCACACGGCUUUGCUCGGUUAGAGGCCGAACGCUUGAGCAAAAUAGAUCGUGGGCAUCUACCAAGAGUAACCGCGUAUUGUACAGCAUCAGCAUAUCGAAUGGAUGAAAUGGUGAAAUUCUUGCAGUCCAAAAAAGCAUCCAAUGGUGCGGCACCCAAGAGAUUUGACGAAUGCGUGUUUACACCAUAUUCAUUCAAAUACCCCCUCUCUCCUCCACGAGAUAACGGCGAGACUAACACCGGAUCAAUUUUCCCAAAAGUAUUCUUGUUUGAUUACGGCGUGGUUGUCUUUUGGGGAAUGACACUUGAGGAAGAACAAAAGUUUAUGCGGGAGAUAGAACCCUUUGAAGAGGAGCGACUUGAAACUGAUGAUGUUGAAGUUGAAGAAUUUCAAUUCCACUAUAAUGAGCAGUACCAGCCAAGAAUUUACAAUGAUGUUAUCACUCUACGACAUCCACAAAACUACCUAGUCAAGUUGACGAUAUCGCAUGCUAUUGCUCAAAGUGUAAAGAUGACUCUUUUUGAAAGAUUGAUUGAUGAUACCAUCAACGAAACGAAAUACAUCCCGCAAGUUAUGGCUGAGAGCGGAAAGGUGCACAUGUCCAGGGUUGCAAUCACCAAAAAAAUCGGCCAGCUCUUCAUUAUGCGCAUCAAUGUCAAUCUGGUCUCUAACAUUCUCGAUACACCUGAAAUCUUUUGGUCAGAACCAGCAUUGGAACCCUUGUACAGUGCAAUUAGAGGAUACUUGGAGAUAUCUCAGCGUGUAGAAUUGUUGAAUCAGCGUGUCCAAGUUAUCAGCGAUCUCUUGGACAUGUUGAAGGACCACUUGAAUAGUUCACAUGGCGAGCAGUUGGAAUGGAUUGUAAUUUGGCUUAUUGCCAUGGAAAUCUUGGUUGCUGUUAUUACCACUGGAUUGGAUGCGUUUAGUUUAUCUCAGAAAUAGAUGCAAGACAAAACGGUAUAGCGAUAGCGGCAGAACGGUGGUAGCGUUUGUCAACACUCAAACCUACGGUGGAUUGACAUUAUGUAACCGAAUUUCAACAGUGUAAUAAAAGCGAGCUCAAACAUUUUUCUUGAUUCUUUAAAUUUAUUGUUGA